UUAGAAUUGAAGCAAAAGGUUUGGUAAGGGUACAAUCGUAAAUCAACGAACCAAUGUCUGGUCCCCAUAAAUUGCCCUGCUAAGGCCAUUCCUUCACUCACUCACCCCAUUCCAAAAUCAUUCUCUGUAGCACUCAAGUCGUACUAACGCAUUCCCCACUCACUCGUUUGAAACAAAUGGCGACGGAGAAAAGCAAGAUUCUGGUGAUCGGAGGAACUGGUUACAUCGGAAAGUUCAUCGUCGCAGAAAGCGCAAAAACCGGCCACCCAACAUUCGCUCUCGUCAGAGAAGCCUCUCGCUCCGAUCCCGCCAAGGCCAAAAUCGUCCAGAACUUCAAAGAUCUCGGCGUCACAAUACUUCACGGAGACGUGAACGAUCACGAGAGCCUAGUGAAGGCAAUAAAACAGGUCGAUGUGGUGAUAUCGACCAUAGGAAGCAUGCAAAUCUUGGAUCAGACCAAGAUCAUUUCCGCCAUUAAAGAAGCUGGUAACGUCAAGAGAUUCUUGCCGUCUGAGUUUGGUACAGACGUAGACAGAACAAGUGCGGUUGAGCCGGCGAAAUCGGCUUUCGCAGUGAAGAUUGUGAUCAGGAGAGGCAUAGAAGCAGAAGGGAUACCAUACACUUACGUUGUGAACAAUUGUUUCGCCGGUUAUUACUUGCCUACGUUGGUUCAGUUCGAGCCUGGUCUCACUUCUCCUCCUAGAGACAAAGUCACCAUUUUGGGCGAUGGAAAUACCAAAGCUGUGAUCAACAAGGAGGAUGAUAUUGCUGCUUACACGAUCAAAGCAGUGGAUGAUCCAAGGACUCUUAACAAGAUCCUCUACAUCAAUCCUCCUAAGAACACUUUGUCGAUGAAUGAAAUGGUUAGCCUUUGGGAAAGCAAGAUCGGAAAGUCUCUUGAGAAGACUCACAUCUCAGAGGAACAAGUGCUUAAAAGCAUCCAAGAGUCUCCGGUUCCCAUAAAUGUUCUUCUGUCGAUAAACCACUCGGUGUUUGUGAAGGGAGAUCAGACCAGUUUUACUAUAGAGCCUUCGUUUGGUGUUGAAGCCUCUGAGCUUUACCCUGACGUCAAGUACACUAGCAUUGAGGAGUAUCUCAGCCACUUCGUUUGAGAUCUUUCGUAAAAUUUACCACGACAAAAUUACCUGAGUUUCGUACUGUAACAAUAAACAAAAAGGGGAUUCUUGUCAAUGAGUGAAAAAUGUGUGUGUUGUGUAUGCUUGUGUGCUAAUCACAGAGUUUCAGUAAAACGUGAAUUUGUAUCCUUAAAUAUUAUUUACAAACCCUUAAAUCCAAACGAAUCAAGAAGACUAGAUACUUUUCUCAGAUUUAGGGAAAGCUUGAGACAGACGCACCUGAGGCUUAUUAUCG